GAGCCGUGUGAUUGCCGUGCUGUUCACCGCUUUUCUAACCCUAACACGGCAAUGUUUACCGGCGUUAUAAGCAAAACCGUGACUGUUUCCCUUUAACCGCGUUUACCAAUUCUCAAUCAUCUUCGUAUUGCAGCCAUGUCUUCAGCAGGCGGCGAUACUGGUGGUAGUAAUCCGUUCAGCAACCUCGAAAAGACGUCAGUGCUUCAAGAGGCACGCACUUUCAACGAGACUCCUGUUCACCCUCGGAAAUGUGCGGAGAUACUCACCAAGAUCCUCUACCUGUUGAAUCAGGGGGAAGUGCUUGGGACAAGGGAGGCCACGGAUGCCUUCUUUGCCAUGACCAAGCUGUUCCAGUGCCGGGAUCCAGUGCUCCGGCGUCUGGUCUACCUAGGCAUCAAGGAGCUCUCCAAGGUUGCCGAGGAUGUCAUCAUUGUGACCAGCAGUUUAACCAAGGACAUGACUGGCAAGGAGGACCUAUACCGUGCCGCAGCAAUAAGGGCCCUCUGCAAGAUCACCGAUAGCAGCAUGCUUCAGGCAAUCGAGCGUUACAUGAAGCAGGCCAUUGUUGACAAGAACUGUGGGGUGUCCAGUGCCGCCUUAGUCUCAUCGCUGCAUCUGAUGUUUGUCAGCCCAGACGUCGUGAAGCGGUGGGUGAACGAGGCACAAGAAGCGGUCAACUCCGACAACAUCAUGGUUCAGUUCCACGCCCUGGGCCUGCUCUACCACAUUCGCAAGAGUGACCGAUUGGCAGUCUCCAAACUGGUCACCAAGUAUGCCCGGUCAGCCCUCAAGUCACCCUAUGCAGUCUGUAUGUUGAUCCGAAUUGCAAGCAAGCUGAUAGAAGAAGAUGGCGUUGGACCCGAGAGCCCCAUGUUUGCAUUUGUGGAAAGCUGCCUGCGGCACAAAAGCGAGAUGGUUAUCUACGAGGCAGCGCACGCCAUCGUCAACCUGCGGUCGACCACCACCCGCGAGCUCACGCCGGCCGUGUCAGUGCUCCAGCUCUUCUGCAGCUCGCCCAAGCCCACACUGCGUUUUGCAGCUGUCCGCACGCUAAACAAGGUGGCGAUGGCACACCCGGCAGCGGUGACAGCAUGCAACCUGGACUUAGAGAAUCUGAUCACAGAUGUGAAUCGAUCCAUCGCGACACUGGCCAUCACAACGCUGCUCAAGACGGGCAGCGAGAGCAGCAUAGAGCGGCUCAUGAAGCAGAUCACCUCCUUCAUGUCUGACAUCUCGGACGAGUUCAAGAUUGUCGUCGUCCAUGCCAUCCGGUCGCUGUGCCAAAAGUUCCCCCGCAAAUUGCUGGUGUUGAUGACGUUCCUGGCAUCAAUGCUGCGGGAUGAGGGCGGCUUCGAGUACAAGAAGGCCAUCGUAGACACUGUUAUUCACAUCAUUGAGGACAACCCAGAGGCUAAGGAUGUUGGGCUGUCGCACCUGUGUGAGUUCAUUGAGGACUGCGAGCACACAAGCCUGGCGGUGCGCAUCCUCUGCCUGCUCGGCCGUGAGGGGCCCCAGGGAUCCACGCCAUCCCGCUACAUCCGCUUCAUGUACAACCGGCUCAUCCUGGAGAACUCCCCUGUGCGUGCUGCUGCGGUGAGCGCCCUGGCCAGAUUCGGGGCCCACUGUGAAGACCUGCUGCCCAACAUCCUGGUGCUGCUCGAGCGCUCACUCCUCGACACGGACGACGAGGUGCGCGACCGGGCUGCCUACUUCCUGCACGUGUUGAGGCAGAAGCAGAAGGCCCUGGGCACUCGUUACAUCCUUGACGGGCUGCAGGUUUCUAUAGUGGGUCUUGAGAAGGCACUACAACACUACGUGGCCGAGCCAAGUGAUGUUCCCUUCGACAUCAACAGCGUUCCCAUUGCCACGCAGCCUGUGGAGAAGAAAACACAAGCAUCUAUUGUGGCACCUGGUACCUUUGGACAAGCCGUACCCAAGGGCAAACCGGACAAAGUGGCUGCGUCAAGGCAAGAUCUGUACGCAGAACAACUGGCCAAUAUUCCUGAGCUCGUGGCGCUCGGCCUGGGCCCGCUGUUCAAGUCUUCACCUGCCGUGAGCCUCACCGAAUCCGAGACGGAGUAUGUCGUCAAAUGCAUCAAACACGUCUACAGCAGGCAUGUCGUAUUACAGUUCGAUUGUACCAACACCCUCAACGACCAGAUUCUAGAGCAUGUGCGUGUGGCUGUAGAACCAGCAGAGGGCUUCCAUGUUAUCGCGGAAGUGUCCUGUUCCAAGCUGGCAUACAACGUUCCUGGCACGGCGUACGUCUGCCUUGAAAUGGAGCUUGAAGAUCCUCUCCUGGUCGCAGGGACAUUCAGCAACACUUUGAAGUACCUGGUCAAGGACUGUGAUCCCAACACUGGUGAGCCAGACGACGACGAAGGCUACGAGGAUGAGUACGUGCUGGAAGACCUUGAGCUGACAGUGGCCGACCAUGUACAGAAGGUUCUCAAGGCCAACUUUGCUGCCUCCUGGGAAGAGCUUGGAAAUGGGAACCAGGUGGAGGACACGUACGCCCUCAGCACCAUGAAGACGUUGCAGGAUGCUGUGCAGCAGAUCAUCCAGUUCCUGGGCAUGCAAGUUUGCGAGCGCUCGGACAAGGUGCCUGAAGGCAAGAGCUCCCACACGCUACUGUUGGCCGGCGUUUACCGGGGUGGCCACGACGUUCUGGUACGGGCGCGGCUGGCAACGACGGGCAUCGCGCAGGGUGUCACCAUGAACCUCGCUGUGCGCAGCAAAGACCUCGACGUCUGCCAGGUCAUCAUCUCUGCGGUCGGAUAGGGGAAAAAAAAGAAAGAGAAAGGGACUAGCAUUAUAGACUCGUUUGUUUUCUUGUCUCUUUAUCUCUGCCACGCCUUCGAAGGAUUCCACUCGGUGACCAUCGCACCUCGUUGCUACUGCUGCUCUUUUCAACAUGAAUGCCAAUUCAGCCAGGAAGUGCAGAUGCUAUGCUCGCAAAAGCCUGGUGUCUCUCGGGGUAUAGCAGGCCUUCUUGUAGAGAUUGUUUGACAUUCCUACGUGCUUUCUGUCUCUGUUAUGUGUCAAGUGUGCAAGAGAUCUUCUGCAGUAAUCUUUUUAUAUUUCGGGUCCUCCAUUUCUUGAGCAUUUACGGAAGUGAGUCUUGCCAAGAAAUCUUUAGUGUAGUAGAUGGCACGCACCUGACGUUACGGAGGCCCUGUUGCCGAACCAUUCACGGCUUUCACUGCACAUUUUAAAAGCUAAAGCCAGAAAUUAGCAGCUAGUGGUUCACCAGCUUGGCAAUCACGAUGUCGGUACAAGCCGUCUACACUUCUGUUCUUGGGAGGCUUUGUUUUUCUCGUAGCCCACAUUAUGUUGAACAUUAAGUGAUCAAUUUUGUAAUGCAUUGUAGCAUAAAAGACAGUCGCAGAAAGCUCAUCUCUAAAGUUACAGUGCUCGGUUGCUCGUGCCACCUUACUUCUUGUUCGUUCGCUUACAUGGGGGUGCAAUGCAAUCGAAGCAGUGAGGUGUAAAAGUGGAGACUGGCUCAUUUCCCUCCAGUUAUAUAGUAAUUUGAUGCUGAAGACUGCUGAUGGUUUUCAUAUUUGUUGUCAUCCAAAAGCAGAAGCGGAGCCUUUUCGCCACUGUAGCGUAUUUUGAACAAGCGCAUUUAACCAGAGUGGUCCUGACCUGGCUUUGCGUUAUUGCUACCCUAUGGCAACGUUUUCUUGAGCCUUUUUUGUCUCAGCUUGUUGAGAAUUGGCCACCAAUGCUCUUGUGUGGCCAAUAAAUGUACAUAUACGCUCACCUGAAUGCUGAACAGGGCUGUUGUCAUCAGUCUCAUUACAGAGACAAGCUUUUUUUUUUUUUUUUGAGGAAUUGUAAUGCCUGAAGUAAAGCAAGAAGUUGUCAUAUA